AUGCAGGGAACAGGUAGGGAUGGGCAGGAAGGAGUGAUCUGGAAACGAGACACAAGGCAGCUCCACACCCCCACCAACCUCCUCCUGCUGUCUCUGGCUGUCUCAGACCUCCUUGUGGGCCUCAUUUUGAUGCCGGUGGAAAUCAUCUACAUAGAGGCCUGCUGGUUUCUUGGUGAUUUUCUAUGCACUGUGUACUAUGUAAUGGACUACAUUAUUACCUCUGCCUCAGUAGCAAACAUGGUGCUCAUAUCAAUUGAUCGCUAUAUUGCCAUUUGUGACCCUUUCCAUUACACAACCAGAGUCACAAAGGGUAGAGUACAAUGCUGUGUGUGCUUGUGUUGGGUUUGCUCAGUUUUGUUUCGGAUUCUUCUGCUACAUGAUCACCUGGAACAACCCGGCAGGUCCAACUCUUGUUAUGGAGAGUGUGUUGUUGUCAUUAAUCAUAUAGCAGGGGUUUUAGAUCUAGUAUUUACCUUUAUCUUGCCAAUCACUGUCAUCAUAUUCUUAUAUAUGAGGUUGUUUCUGGUGGCUGUGUCUCAGGCCCGUGCCAUACGAUCUCACAUUGCAGCAAUCACAGUCCAUCAGAGAACUGUAACGGUAAAGAAAACUGAAAUGAAAGCAGCCAGGACUCUUGGUAUUGUUGUAGUUGUGUUUCUGUUUUGUUUCUGUCCGUAUUAUUACCCCACUCUGGCAGGGGAAGACACUUCAGUCGACGCUUCAUCUGCCUCUGCAGAGAUCUGGUUGGCACAUUUUAACUCCUGUAUGAACCCUGUCAUCUAUGCUUUUUUCUAUCCGUGGUUCAGAAAAUCUAUUAGACUCAUUCUGACUCUUCAGAUACUGAAGCCUGGCUCGUGUGAUGCUAAAAUAUUACAGUGACAUGCAGUAAAGGGUUAAACUGUCUUAAUGAAAAGGAACAUGUCCUAAUUUGCAUCCUUUGCAUGGUAAAAUCUGUUAACAUAUCUUAUACUAGGUCUGUGAAUAUGCCCUUUGUUCUAAGAUAUGCCAUAUGUAUGGAGUAUUCUUUUGUUGUACUAUCAGGUAGUGUUGAUGUCAUUUUCCGGAAACAUAAUGAAAUUAUGCUGCUGGCUGUUCAUAAAGGGCCAAUUUGGCACUUAUACCAAGUGGAUUUGAGAUAUAGCUGACUUUUUUUGUUGUUUUUUUUUUUGUUUUUUAAGGAAGAAAGCAUCAAAAUACAUGUCAUAUUUUUCCAUUCAGCUAAAAAGCAUCAGGAUUUUUUGGCCUGUAUCACCCAGCCCUAAAACUAUCUGGCUAUUCUGUUUUG